AAAUUACAGACAAGAACUUAAAUACCAUUUGAGUGGUAACAGCGACUGCGCAUAGGUUUUUACAUUUGUUAUAAAUAAUUCUACUUUUUUACAAUAAGGAAGUUGGAUUCAACCACUGUGACGAAAAUUGCACCCUUUACACGGAAUCGGAUUAUGGAGCAAUUAUAAGGAAUCUCAAGGCUUCCUAAUUACAGCAUACGUGAAAGAAAUUGUUGACCACUGACAAGACAAAAUGGCAGAAAUACAAAUUAACAAAGUAGAAGAUAUUUUACAACUGAAAGAUAUACAGUCCAUGAUGAAACUUUUUAAACAGUGGGGAAUAAAAGCACCAAAAACUGCAAAUAAAGACAUUUUCGUAUCAGAACUAGUAAAAUUUUAUAAGGAAAAUGGAGCUGUCGCACCCAAAGACAGAAAAACGGGAGGAACAGUUUUACAAGAAGCAUUGCAAUAUCACAGAGGAAAUAGAGAGAAAUUAAUGAAACUUUAUGACAAAGUCGUGAACUUUUAUAGAGAACUACCUCCAAACUUCCAACAAGAUUUAAACAGUAUCUUUCCAGACAUUGAGAAGAAUGCUCAUUCCAAGCGAUCUGAGCUGUCGUCACCUGAAUGUAACAUUCUUGUCGCAGGUGAAGCAACAUCAGGAAAAAGUAGUCUUAUAAACUUAUUACUGGAAGCUGACAUUCUUCCUACAAGUGGUAUUAAAUGUACACAAACAGUCUGCGAAAUUCGAAAGAGCAAAGAUGGUCGAAAGAAGGCAAUCUGCUUUGGGACUAAUGGCGGACAGAGAUCCGAGAUAGAUCUAAGUACCAAGGAAGGACAAGAAAGGUUAAGGAGAGAAAUAGUAUACGAAGAUGAUUAUGGUGACAAUCCAUACGAAAAAAAAUAGAAAAAUAUUGGCCCACUGACGUAAUUGAGGAAGGUCUGGUGAUAAUAGAUACUCCUGGAUUUGGUGACAACCAGAUGCACAAAUCACUUAAAAAAUACCUUUCAAAGUCAUGUGUCUUCAUUUAUGUUGUAAAUACUGCUACGCAGGCGGUGUGCAGAGAGGACGGGUUAGAAAUGGUUGAUCAUAAAUGUACAUCAUGCGUUUGUGACUGAUUUUAAACUACAAAAAAUAUUUAUAUUGUACUUAUCAUGUUUUUAAUGAAUAAAAGGAGACGUUGUACAUAAUCU